AGUUAAACUUUUGGGGUCAAUGUCAAGGCCCGUUAAGCAAUAACCGGUAACCUUUAUAUUGUGAAAUAUCUUUCUGUAAAGUAAAUUAAGGUUCAAGUGAGAUGGCUGAUAUACUUUUACCACGUGAAGGUUCCAAAUGGGUGAUGACACAGGCUAAAGAUGUUAAAAUAAUCGAAGCAGGGGUGAAAAAAGUCAACAAUUAUGUUGUACCAGGUUAUUGGGCCCUAUGUGCAGCUGUAAAUCGAGCGUUGGCUGAAGGUAAAGAGAUUACUUCAGCACAAGUGUUUUCAAAAAUAACGAAGGAGGAACUGAAGCAUGUCCUGAGAUCGGACACUGAGAGAGAGAUUCCCCUUCUUGACGAACGUGUGAAAAAUCUUCAUCAAGCUGGUAAAGUCAUCAUGGAACUGUAUGAUGGUUCAAUUAUUAACAUGGUUAAAGCAGCGGAUAAAAGUGCAAUGAAACUAUUGGACAUGAUCGUCUCCAACAUAGAAUCGUUUAGGGAUACUGCAAUGUACGAGGGAAAACGAGUUGCCCUUUAUAAAAGAGCGCAGAUUCUAAUCGCUGAUAUCUGGGCUGCAUGUGAAGGUCGAGGCCUUGGAGAGUUCACUGAUAUCGACGAACUAACAAUGUUCGCUGAUUACAGGAUUCCUCAAGUUUUGUGCUGGUUUGGAGUGCUUGAUUACUCGGUUGAACUAAUGGAAAAGCUUAAGUCGAAGCACGUUUUCAACAAUGGUGACAGAGAAGAGGUAGAAUUACGAGCAGCAUCCAUUAAGGCAGUAGAAAUGAUCGUAAAGGAGACGAAAGCUCUACUGAAAAAUAAUGAAGGAGACUAUGUAGUAAAUUCAUCUGUAGUCGACUUUUAUCUUUGGGAAUAUAGAAGAGAAAAAGCUAAGGAAUGUGAUAUAAUACCGUUUCACAGAUGCCGCUGUAUUUAUUACUAA